AUGAAUGUGAACGAUUCAAAUAUAGGGAAUGCUGAAAACUAUUCAAACAUAGGGAAUGUGGAGAAGGCAACGAACCACACAAUUAUAAAUAAAGCAGAUUUGAAAUAUUUAGAAUUUGAAGCAUUAUAUAAUGCAUAUAUUAGGAAACAUAAUAAUAUAGUAGCAAAAUUAUUAGAUCCAUUUGUUCAAUAUAAUUUAUCAGAGCUUCCAAAAGUUGUCGUUGUUCAACCAGACAUGAAAACUGGAUACGGAAAUCGCCUACCUGGAAUAGUUUGUGGUUUUUUAUAUUCUUUACUUUCAGAUAGGCUAUUUUUUAUUGAUGGAUAUAAAAAUUUCGAAACUUAUUAUGAAAAGGAUUUCAAUCAUGAUUGGCAAAUUGUUGCAAACUUAUAUGAAAAUAGUACUUAUAGAUAUAUACACAAUACCAAUUCGUAUAAUGACUUUCGGUUGGUGACAAGAGGAAACUUUAAUAAUGAGGAAAUAAAUUUGCAAAAAAUUUUAUAUAUCCACACAUGGGAUUAUAUAUGUGCACCUAUAACUUCAAAUCCUCAUUAUAAAGAAUGGUUUGAUAAAAUAAUACCUGAUUACAGAGUUUUUAAGACAAUUAGCCUAAAAUUAUUAAGGGUACACCCAAAUAUUAGGAAACAAAUAGAUACUUUUGCGGACAAAAAUUUCAACGAAUACAACAUAGGAAUUCAUUUAAGGGAGAUAAAGUCAUUGGCUAAUUCGAUUCAACCUAUAGAACAUUACAGUCAAGCAGUAAAAAUGUUGUUAUUAGGAAGGAAAAAAACGAAUAUAUCAAUUUUUGUGGCAGCAGAUAAUAAUAUUGGUCGCAAACAAAUAGUAAAAUCACUUCGUAAAGAAUUUAAUUCUAAUAGUGAUAAUUCCAUUAAGAUAAUUUAUACGAAAGACAAUAUGAAUUUAGCAAAUCCUGUUAGUCGGAACCCUGGUUCAGAAGUAGGCGCUCUUAUCGAUAUGCAAUUACUUAGUUUAUGUGAUGACCUGGUGAUUACGUAUGGCUCUUCGUUUGGUUUUAUUGCAGCAGGAUGGUCGAAUAAAACAUCACAUCAUAGAGGUCCAUUUGUCAUAAUGCCAAUAACAGAUUCGAGAGAUGAUUUAUGGAUUUUAGAUAAAGUUUGGGUAUGGGGAGCUGUAUCAAAUGAACCGUGUAUGUACUCUAGCAAAUUGCUGAUUAUUAAUGAAGAUGAAGAAACUGUUGAAAUUUUUAAAACCAAUCCUUUAUGGAUGCAUUAUAGUCAAUGCCAUUGGCCGAUCUAA